UGGUUCACUCUGCUGCCACCAGCCUCACUGCCUUCCUUCCCCUCCCUCCUGCAGCAAAGGGACCUCAACUCCUUUCUGUGGACUAUUCGGCGUGACCCCCCGGCCUACUUGUUUGGCACCAUCCACGUCCCCUACACCCGCGUCUGGGACUUCAUCCCGGACAACUCCAAGGCAGCCUUCCAGGCCAGUGCCCGUGUCUACUUCGAGCUGGACCUGACGGACCCCUACACCAUCACAGCGCUGGCCAGCUGCCAGCUGCUGCCCCACGGGGAGAACCUGCAGGACGUGCUGCCCCGCGAGCUCUACUGGCGCCUGAAGCGCCACCUGGACUACGUGAAGCUGAUGAUGCCCUCGUGGAUGACGCCGGCGCAGAGGGGCAAGGGGCUCUACGCUGACUACCUGUUCAAUGCCAUCGCGGGCAACUGGGAGCGCAAGAGGCCCGUGUGGGUGAUGCUGAUGGUGAACUCGCUCACGGAGACCGACGUGCGUUCCCGGGGCGUGCCAGUGCUCGACCUCUACCUGGCCCAGCAGGCCGAGAAGAUGAAGAAGAGCACAGGGGCCGUGGAGCGGGUGGAGGAGCAGUGCCAUCCACUCAAUGGGCUCAACUUCUCCCAGGUGCUGUUUGCCCUGAACCAGACCCUGCUGCAGCACGAGAGCGUGCGGGCUGGGAGCCUGCAGGCGCCCUACACCACAGAGGACCUCAUCAAGCACUACAACUGUGGGGACCUCAAUGCCGUCAUCUUCAACCAUGACACGUCACAGCUGCCCAACUUUAUCAACACGACGCUCCCGCCGCACGAGCAGGUGACAGCCCAGGAGAUCGACAGCUACUUCCGCCAGGAGCUCAUCUACAAGCGGAACGAGCGCAUGGGGAAGAGGGUCAUGGCGCUUCUUCAGGAGAACGAAGACAAGAUCUGCUUCUUUGCCUUCGGAGCAGGUCACUUUCUGGGGAACAACACAGUCAUUGACGUCCUCCGACAGGCGGGGCUGGAGGUGGAGCACACACCCGCAGGGCAGACCAUCCACAGCUCUGCCGCCAGGAGCCCUGCACCCCCAUCCGAGAGGACCUCAGCGAGCCCGGCCCCCGUGACCCCGCCUGCUGCCGUCCCCGCAGCACCCUCGGUGACCCCCACCGCCCCGCCUGAGGAGGAGGACCCAGCCCUAUCCCCACACCUCCUGCUCCCCGACAGCCUCAGCCAGCUGGAGGAGUUUGGGCGGCAGAACAAGUGGCACAAGAGGCAGAAUAAACAGCAGCGGCCGAGGCAGUUCAAUGACCUCUGGGUCCGCAUCGAGGACAGCACCACCACCUCGCCACCCCCGCUGCCCCUCCAGCCCACGCACAGCUCCAGCUCCGGGACCGCCAGGCCCCUCUUCCAGCUCUCCGACCAGCUCCAGCCGCAGGAAGAGCCGGGGUCCGCCAGCGGCUCAGUGCCUGCCCACUCACAGCCGGCCCUGGGCCUCCUCCCGGCCGUCGUCGCUGCCAGCUUUGCAGCCCCCUUCCUGCUGCACACCCUCGGGCCCUCCUGACCUCGGCUGCCAGGGCAGAGAAGCCAGAGAAACCGUAGGAGGGUCUGUGGCCACACCCCUCUGCCCCUGCCACCCCCCUCCCAGGGGUGCCUGACACCUCACGGGCAGUCCAGUCGGGAUCCGUUAGAACCCUAGAGCUUUAUUGUUACCCGAGUUACAUCUUCUUUUUUGUAGAAGGAUCUUAAUUUCCCAUAGUGCUAUGGGGCUCUUUUGUAAAAUAUGUGUCCAUAUUAAAAAAGAAAAGUGUAUUUAUUCCACUGAUAAAACUAUUUUUAUGUGGCCUAUAUCAGUAACCCCUUAAUGAGCCCCAGCACCAACCCAGGCGGGGAAGCCAGGCUGUCAGGACAUCUGUGACCUCAUGCGGACUGUGGCUGUGCACUGCCGGCUCCUGGACCAGCGGAAGCCUCCCGUGUCUGGGUCUGGCUUCUCCCACCGCCGGGACCUCAGAGGGAGGGGCAGGCAGACAAGCUUAGCUUUUGUGAAGCUGGAUUUGGGAGCCAGAGUUGUGAACGCUGACGGUCCUUCCCUCCCGUGGAUGCAUCUGGGGCUGGGAAGACACUUUCGGAAAGAGAAUGCUGCUAUUUUGUAAACCCUGGGUGUCUGUGAACGGGCCUGCGGAGCUCUUGGUAAGUGUUCUGGCCAAGGCCCUGGGUGGAGGAAGAAGGUCGGUGCUGAGGGAGGUGGUUUCCCAGGCCCAUGCGCCUGAUGGUGAAACUAAGAGAGGAAACUGGUUGCCCAAGGUCACUCAGCAAGUGGGAGAUCGGGAUGUGAAUCCAGACCUCUCUGCUCUGAUAGCAUUAAUCCAGCGUGGGUUACAGGAGAUGCUACUGAAGUCACGGCCAAAUGGAAGGAGCUGCCGCAGGGCAGGAGUCGGCACAGAGGGCAGUUUCAGGAACUGGGGCUCUGGGAGUCACAUGGUAAUACUAAUUGUAACGAGAGCCACCAUUUGUCCAAAGCCUACCAUGUGGCAGGCACUUUGCACACUCACUUUAUCACUGAUCCUCACACCAGUUCUAUGAGAUGCAACUAUCCCCAUUUCACAGAUGAGGAAACUGAGCCCCCAAAAGAGGUCAAGGGACUUGCUCAAGGUCACCCAGCCAGGACAUGGCCCCAAAGUAUGUGAUGGAAAAGUGAUGCUUAUCUCCUGGAUCGGAUUCUGCCACGUUCUCUCUACACAGGGAAGCUCCAAGGGCCAGCACACGCUUCUUACUCCGCCAAAGAGCCUGUUUGGCCCCAGUUACUCAUGUUGGUCACUCCUGCCAAAGGGCUCUUUGUGUGUGCCACGUGUCCCGGGCCCAGACUUGUCUUAUUCUGAAGCCAAUGAGAGGCUUCUCUGCCAAAUCAGAGGCUAGGGAAUGGGGUGCAGCUGUGGGAAGCGUGGGGAGACAGGCAGCCAGUCAAACGGGGACAGUCAGGCCACUA